CUCAGCACCACUGUGCCCCUUCCCUUCCCUUCUUCCCACAGAGGGUUCCACAGGUAAGAUGUGCCUGAUGAAGGCUGUGCUGAAUCUUAAGGAUGGGGUCAAUGCCUGCAUUCUGCCACUGCUGCAGAUCAACCGGGACUCUGGCAAUCCUCAGCCCCUGGUAAAUGCCCAGUGUACGGAUGACUAUUACCGAGGCCACAGCACUCUGCACAUCGCCACUGAGAAGAGGAGUCUGCAGUGUGUGAAGCUCCUGGUGGAGAAUGGAGCCAACGUGCAUGCCCAGGCCUGUGGCCGCUUCUUCCAGAAGGGCCAAGGGACUUGCUUUUAUUUCCGUGAGCUACCCCUCUCUUUGGCCGCUUGCACCAAGCAAUGGGAUGUGGUAAGCUACCUCCUGGAGAACCCACACCAGCCUGCCAGCCUGCAGGCCACAGACUCCCAGGGCAACACAGUCCUGCAUGCCCUAGUGAUGAUCUCGGACAACUCAGCUGAGAACAUUGCACUGGUGACCAGCAUGUACCAUGGGCUCCUCCAAGCUGGGGCCUGCCUCUGCCCCAUUGUGCAGCUUGAAGACAUCCACAACCAGCAGGAUCUCACGCCUCUGAAGCUGGCUGCCAAGGAGGGCAAGAUCAAAGUGAGUGGCUGCCCCCUUCCCACUUUCCCUCUCCUGGAAGCAGUAGGUCUCACCCCAAAAUUUCUGCAGAAAGAGCCCAAGGGGUGGUGAAGAGCAGUGGCUUCUCCACUUUUCAAUGGAACACUCCUGUUAGUAAGAAAAUUUUCAGUAUGUACCUCUAAUAUAUGUGUUUAUUUAUAAAUUGUAUAUGAACUAUUG